AUGGCAGAAAAUAAGAACGAACUGGCGGCUCUAGGCGCUGCCACUCUGUUUGGCGUCAAUGGUAUGGUUGCUGUCAUUACGGGCGGCGGCUCUGGUAUCGGUCUCAUGAUGGCCAAGGCCUUGGCCGCCAACGGCGCCGAGAAGGUCUAUAUCUUGGGCCGGCGCAAGGAGGUCCUCCAGGAAGCCGCUUCUUCUGUCGGACCCAAUGUUGUCCCUUUGGUCUGCGACGUGACCGAUAAAUCCAGCCUGAAAGAGGCAACUGCCACCAUUGAGAAGGAAGCCGGCUUCAUCAACCUGUUGGUUUGCAAUGCAGGUGUCGGUGGACCCCAAGUCAAGGCUCCCUCAGCAGAAAUGACCGCUGCCGAGUGGGCUGAGCAACACCUUGAGCACGACACUUCUGAGUACACACGGACCUUCGACGUAAAUGUUACUUCCGUGUGGUAUACCGUGAUGGCCUUUGUCAAGCUGCUGGACCUGGGCAACAAGAAGGGCAACCUCUCUCAGAGCUCCCAAGUUGUCUCGACCAGCUCCAUUGCUGCCUUCAACAAGAACGCUCCUGGUGGUUGGGCCUACGGCCAGUCUAAGGCGGCCGCAACCCUUCUUAUCAAACAGCUGUCUAGCAAUUUGCCCCGCUGGAACAUCAGAGCUAACUGCAUCGCCCCUGGCUUGUUCCCGAGUGAGAUGUCAGCGCCCAUUGCGAAGCUUUACAGCAGCGACGGCAGUGUUCCCAAAGAGAUGGUACCCCUGCAGAGGAUGGGCGACACUCAGGACUUGGCGGGUGCAAUGCUCUACCUCGCAUCCCGAGCUGGAGCCUACUGUAAUGGUACGGUCAUAACUGUGGACGGCGGAAGACUUGGAAACUUCCCUACGACAUGGCUUGCCUAG